UGAAAUGAGCCAUCACAAGACCGGUUGAAAACUUCCCCUUCCCUCCACUACCUUCUGUGUGGUAUUUAUCUCCAGGCUCUGGCUCUCAGCCUUGCCAUCUCAUCAGACAUCAUUAAGGCUCCUCAUUUGUGUUUGACCAGCUCAGAAUACAAUUUGUUCUUCAGUAGAACGGUCCCCUAUGCUGGUGGCUGCGUGUAUUCCCUGGAGUCACUGGUGGGGACAGUGAGGUUCUAGGAGAGGCCAUGGGCCCAACGGGGAAAUCCAGCCCAGGAACUGCAGGCCCCACAGAAGAGAGGAAACUCUGCCGCUGGCUGAGCCCCUGGGUCAUUCUUGUUUGUGUUCUUGUCCUCAAGGCCUGUGUCAUCUCCGGCUGCAUGGUCACUUUCCUCAUGGGAAAUCCAAGCUGUGAAAUGCACAAGGCCCUGCCCCAGGGUUCUGCAGAGUGGCACUGUGUCGUGGGGAGAGAUGAAGGGAAAGGGCGAGUCUGGACAUGCUGCCCCUUGGGCUGGGAGCCCUUUCAGGCCAGCUGCUACUACUUCUCUAAAGACAUCAUGAACUGGGAUGACAGUGAGAGGAACUGCACAGGGAUGGGCUCCCACCUGGUCGUAAUCAACACGGGAACUGAGCAGGAUUUCAUUUCCAAUUAUGUAAAAAGAACAGUUAUUGGAAUCAAAGUGGAGAAUUACUAUAUUGGUCUGGCUCAACAGAAGAAAGGCCAGUGGCACUGGCUGGAUCUGACUCCAUAUAACAAGACAGCAGUGUUCUGGAUACCUGGGGAACCAAACAACCUCAGUGUGGAGAAAUGUGUUGCUGUAGAUACAUCCCAAAAGGAGAACAUGAAUUGGAAUAACUUCCCUUGUAUCAUACCAUCUCAUCGAAUUUGUGAAACUGCGGCAACAAGUAUUUGAUGAAAAAACCCCUCAUGGAUGUGAAAUCAGAGAGCGAGCCCAUCCCUCACCAUGGGCAGCUCACAGAGAGAUCAGAUUGGAGAGUUUGUAUCACUGUGAGUCCGGGGCUGUAUAAUAUGCAGGAAGGUGGGGGUGGAAGUUACCGUGCUCAGUGGUAUGAACUCACCACAAAAAAAAUAUUUUGAAAAAAAUAUAUAAACUUCUGAAAAUGACUAAAGUGGAAAAACACCAGACUUCAGCCAAGCUCUGUUUAUGAUGUCAUAAAACUCCCUGUGACAUCACCCAACCAGUCCAGUGGAGAAGGUGGGUUGAGAACGGGAGAACCAGAGGAUUUGCCUUAAAGUGUUGAAGGGAGAGUUGCUAUUCACUGUAUUAAUUCAGCCAAGUGUUGCUAAAUAUAAUAACUUCCCUUGGGCCCAACACAUCAGUCCCCAAGAAUGUGUGUGCUGUGAAUGGGAGAGUGUUUCAUCAUGUCCAUGUUGCUCUGGUGGCUGCUGGGUUUAACAAGAGAUUCAGCUUUCAGGAAAAAGAUGCAGGAGUAAAGGUCCAAAUCUCAGAGCUCUUUGUUGUUCCAACCUCACUGGAAACAUGUGUCUGUGCUUCCAGCUGGGACUGUUUAGAAGGCCAACCAGUUCAUUAUCCCUCUUCCAGAUUUAACUUCUUUUGUGAUGGAGCAGAACAAUUUAUACCCCAGAGCAGUGGUUCCUACAACUUGUUCCGCCGCUCAU